AUGCGUUUCAACUACGUCUUUGCCCUCCUGACCUUAGGAGGUAUUGCUGUUGCGGCUCCGGUUGCCUCCAACGCUGAAUCUGCGGUUGCCCAGAGUGGCAUCGGCUCCGGGGUCGGUGUUGGCUACGGCAGUGGUUCUGGUAGCGGCAUCGGUGCCGGUGCCGGCAGUGGUAGCAGUAUCGGCGAUGAUGAAGGCACUGGCAGUGGCACUGGUGUUGGCGCUGGCGAAGGGUCCGGAAGUGGAGAAGGCUUUGGCCUUGGUGCCGGCGCUAGCGGCGGCAUUGGCAUUGGAAUUGGCGAGGGUAGUGGAAGUGGAAGUGGUGUUGGAUUCGGAGCCGGGGAGGGCAGCGGAUAG